AUGCUUGCACGUCAACUUGCAGUGCAUGGCCGAAGAAGAACGGCUAGAGUUGAAGACUUUGAAUUAGCGCUUCGAUCCUAUGGAUUGCAGAUGCCAAUCGGUGCCUUAACACGCUCUUUGCCGUCUCUUCGUCAAUUACGAAUGCCGGGCGGAGAGCAGCUCUGUAUUAGGGAAGAUGCAGAUUUGGACGUCCCAGCCCUUACACAACCUCCACAGGUGAAGGUACCCGUCAAACGGCAUAUCCGUGUGCAUUGGAUACGCGUAGAUAGUGAGGAAGAACCUCCGCCAGAGAAGAAAGCUAAGAAAAUCCUACAAGGAAGUGAAAUGUUCUCCAAUGAUAUCCCAGCUGCAUUGAGGAAAAAGAUUCAAGUUCCAAGCGAAACUGCCGCUCCAUCGAUCUCAUAUCGUCUGGCUGCGCAAGGCGUCCCCAAAAAGGAGCAGAUUCUCAUCAAGCCAUCUUUUGUUGAACCACUUUCAGUGGAGCAGCAAGUCUACCUCAAAGAGAUUGUCGAAGCUUGUGUUGGACAAGAUGACAGGAAGCGCCAACAGGCGUUGCAAUCUCUAGAAAGGGACACUGGGAUACAAGUGUUGCUUCCGCGACUGUCACGCCUCAUCUACACUUCCAUACGUUGCAAUGUUGUCCAUCGAUGUCUUUCCAUGCUUAUCUAUGUUGUCCGAAUGAUGCGCGCAGUUGCUGUAAACAAAGCUGUGAAGCUCGACGGUGUUCUUCACGAAUUUCUUCCGUCUCUGAUGAGCUGCAUGCUCGGUCGAGUACUGUGCACUCGUCCUGAAUCAGAUAAUCAUUGGGCCUUGCGAGACUUUGCUGGCAAAACGCUAAUCACCAUAAUAAAGUGAGU